UUUUUACUGUCCCACCCUAAAUCCCCAUUUAGGCUUUACCUCCAAAUGAGUUACCUUUUUUCCCAUUUAAAGACUGCAACCCUUGGACAAUUCUGAUAUGGCAUGUGUGACAGUGAGUUAGCAAGAUAUCUCUGUGAUACUUGUAUUUGUAUGUCUGUUUGAUAGAGUGAGAAAGAGAUUUGACAGGGUUUUGAUUGUGUACCACAGUAAUUCUACUCCGGAUAGAAUGAACUCCCUCUCCGUCUAUGUCAUACUGGGUGAGCUCCUCUACAUUUUUUAUUUCCUCAUUGACUAAUUAGAAUUGUCUUAAUUGUUCAUAUACAUUUCCAGUGGAGUAAAGUACUUAAGUCAAAAUACUUUAAAUUACUACUUAAGUAGCUUUUUGGGGGUAUCUGUACUUUACUAUGUAUUUUUUGGAUAAAUUUUACUUCACUACAUUCCUAAAGAAAAUAAUGUACUUUUUACUCCAUAAAUUGUCCCUGACAACCAAAGGUACUCGUUACAUUUUGAAUGCUUGGCAGGAAAGGAAAAUUGUCCAAUUCAUACACUUAUCAAGAGAACACGUGGUCAACCCUACUGCCUCUGAUCUGGCAAACUAACUAAACACAAAUGCAUAAUUCGUAAAUGAUGUCUGACUGUUGGACUGUGCCCAUGGCUAUCCGUCAAUUUUAAAAACAAGAAAAUGGUGCCGUCUGCUUUGCUUAAUAUAAGGAAAUUGAAAUUAUUUAUACAUUUACUUUUGAUACUUAAGUAUAUUUAGAACCAAAUACUUUUAGACUUUUACUCAAGUAGUAUUUUACUGGGUGACUUUUACUUUUACUUGAGUAACUUUCUAUUAAGGUAUCUAUACUUUUACUCAAGUAUCACAAUUGGAUACUUUUUCCACCACUGUACAUUUCAAUGGUCAAUUAUAGCCAUUGAUAAUGUGCAUGAUGAUAUAACACUGUCUGAAUUUGUAUUAAUUGCAGUGCACUCUGCAUAGGCUACAUUUUUUAUAUGUUUAGUGUAGCCUAUUAGUUGAAUGUGAGAGGAAUGGGGUAAAAUGUCACUCCUAAGAGAGCAUGUUUAGGUGGGUUUAUUUGAGUGCUAUCUACUCUUGUAUUAUUCAUGCCCUAAGCUCCAUGACCAUGAUUGGAGGUUGAGUGGUCUUGUUGUGAAGGAAAGGAUCAGAAAUGGCAGGAAAGGACAUGCGUGUACAUUCCUCCUACCCCCAUGGGGAUGAUAUCCAUCUACAGUCUCAUUAGAGACUUUUUCACAUUCCUCUGCCCACUGAGUGUAUAUACAGUAAUGUUGUUACUGCUCUAUUUCCUCCUCCGGAAUAGUAAACAGAGUUAACUUCUGAUCACAUUGAUCAAUUAUCCUUUUUUUUGUUUCAGGUCUAACAGCAUUGAUGAUCCAGACUACAGACUCUAAAGGUAAAACACACACACACUCAUAUACACAUACAGAAAUGUCCAUAAAUAAUGAGCUUCCCUCUUUCUCUAGGGUCUCCCAAUCUCAGAGCGGUUGUGUCUGUUUGGCCCCCAGGAUCAACCAUCUACUUAAGGGAUUCUGUGGCCCUGAGAUGCAGUGUGGAAGCAGGCGCUAACUGUUCCUGGACCUAUCACUGGUUCAGACACACACCUCACAAACUUGUGACCCCAAACGCUAGACACAUUAUCAGUGGUGACAGUUACUCCAUCACUGUGGUUGCCAAGGCUGACGGUGGUAGCUACUGGUGCCAGGCUAAGCGAAAUGGCUCAGCCACACCCUUACUCAGUGACCCCGCCCAUCUGACUGUGUCAGGUGAGACAACCUUCAGUCUAAUCACUGUUCACUGAUUGGUUGAAUGCAAUAUGCUUACUGCUAUUGGUAUCAAUGCACAGAUAACCGCAUCAAAAAUGAUUAGCCAUUUGGUGUUAUGACAUUAGUAGAGUGAGUAAUCCUGAAAAUGUCACCCCCUCUUGUUGCCCCAAUCUCUCUCGCAGAGCUUACCCCACCCUCUUUGGCAGUGAUCCCCAGCAGCCGACAGCACUUCCAAGGGGAGCGCUUCUCUCUCCAGUGCCCUGCUGUGUCUGAGAGCAACUCCACAGAGAGUAACUCCACAGACUGGACACUGUGGCAGCUCACUGACUUUGGAGUUAGGUCUGGGUGUCAGACACUAGCGGGCACUUUCUGGAAGGAGGUUCCUGGAGCAUGCAGCCUCUCCUCUCUCUACAGUGGGUUGUACUGGUGUGAGAAAGGCAAAUGGCGCAGCAACACGGUCAACAUCACAGUGAGCUGUGAGCCAUAUCUGUAUCACUGAUGAUUGAUACAUUAGCAGCAUUGUGAUCAUGUGGUUGAGGGGAAAUAAUGCCAUGUGCCUGUGGAAAUGGAGAUUAUGCAUAAGAAAGCAAGUAAGAUGCACUAUAUGUAAUGGUCUAUGGUCUAGUGUCUUCUCUUGUGUCUCACAGAUGGUUCCAUGAUCAUUGUGGGCCCUGCUCACCCUGUCACAGAGGGAGAUCAGGUGACUCUGCACUGCCGGUACUGGUUCCGCAAACCUAACCGGACCACCUUCUACAAAGACGGAGUAGAGGUUGUUUCUCUGAAUGUCACAGAGAUAACCAUUGACAAUGUGACUAGUGCAGACGAGGGCUUCUACAAGUGUGCUGAACCUGAGGAGAAGUUGGAGAGCCCAGAGAGUUGGCUGUCUGUGAGAAGUAAGACCAAACGGUUGGGCACGACUUCGGCCCAAAUAUUUUACUGCCUCCCAAUACUUCUUGAAAUACAGAUUAACUUCAUUUGACAUUGCAUUGAUGUUUGAUGCCUUUAUUUUAGGGAACUCAACCUCAGAAGAGAGAAAGACAUUGUCCUCUGAAGGUACAGUGUCUACACAUAUAACCCUUGAACCACCUCAACCCCCCUCCUCUAACACACACACAAUUUAUAUGGUUUCAAGCUUUUCCCCAUUCAGGUACCUGGAUAUGGGUGUUGCUGUCCUGUUGCAUUGUGGUUAUCCUGUUGCUUAUUCCUGUUGUUAUGUUACUGGUUCGUCACCACAGGUUAGUAGUCAUUAUCUUCAACAAAUAUCUCUGUUUACUAAACACAUUCAAUGGACAUAAAAACAAUCUGUAGUAGGCAGUAAACACUGUAUGUGUCACUAACCAGCCUGUUAUUGGGUUCAAGGUUGCGUAUGUGGUGCACCGGCAGCUGUUUCUCCUCCAAAGAAGGGCCACCCCCAGGAGAGGCACCCCAGACCAAGCAGGAUGUGACUGAGGUACAGUGGGACCUGCCCUGGAUGGAGAUGGCCAACCUGUUGGACAAGCAGCAGUACCCCGCAACUGCCAGC